AUGACUACCGCUGGGUUGUCGAAUCGUCAGUUAAGAUCAACACCAAACUGUCCUUUUCAGGACUUUACUAACUUGGACGAUCUACAUCCACAGUGUAACGAUACUCCUAGUCCAAACCAUUCACAAUAUAGUAGUAAAACUGAAAUUAUGUUUUAUGUAGUAAAUGAGCUUGGAUCUGGUGAAUUUGGGGUAGUUUGGCUUGCAGAAGCAGUUGGUAUUUCAGCAUUUCAUCCAAGAGACAUCCUGAGAGAGAAAGGAAGUCGAAGAAGGUUUCCUUUCAUUAACAGAAUGGUCAAAAGAAACAGCUACGUGUACAGCAGAGAAGUUACUAAAGUUGCUGUGAAGAAAACCAAAGAUGUUGGGGACCACAAUGUCAUUGAUUUGCAGUCAGAGUUAAAAAUAUUGAUUCAUGUUGGCGAAAAUGAAAAUAUUGUGAAUAUUCUGGGAGCUUGUACAAAAGGUAAAACAACAAGUUUAUGGAUUAUAAUGGAAUUCUGUGAACACGGAAAUCUUCGUCAGUUUCCUCGUGACAGUCGAGACAGAUACAAUAAAGAUGAAGAAUUCCUGAUGAAUGAUUUAUCAUUAGAUUUUGGACCUAAGAAUCUAAUUCAGUUGGCCUAUCAAAUCACAAAAGGAAUGGCAUUCUUAGUUUCAAGGAAGAUCGUUCAUCGAGACCUGGCUGCACGCAAUGUACUACUUGGUAAAGAUUUCACAGCAAAAGUUGCAGACUUUGGUUUGCCAAGAGAUAUUUACAAGUAUCAAGCUUACAAGAAAAACACACCAGGAUUACUUCCUAUAAAAUGGAUGGCAAUCGAGUCAAUCAGAGAUUCUAUUUAUACGGAAAAGACAGAUAUAUGGUCAUUUGGAGUUGUUCUGUGGUAACUUUUUACUUUGGAGUUGAUUUGAUGAUGACAAGCUGGAAUGAAAAUCCACAACUUCGUCCAACAUUUGAAGAGAUGAAGAGAGUGUUGGAAGAAAUUGUUUCCGUAGUUUCGCCGAAUGAAGCUUUUGAGAAUUGGAAAAAUGAAGAAAAAGAUCAAGAUACGACUAUGAAAACUGUAGAGUUUGGGGAAGAAAUCAAUGGAAUAAAAAUAGAGACAAUUCCAAUGAUAUGACCUUCAUAUUUGGUAGUGCAUUUGUUAAAGUUUGACAACACUACUAUUGUAUAAUUUGCCUUAAUUUUGUCAUAUAGACCUUCAUCGUAAAAAAUGUCUACUUAGUAUAAUGAAUUCUGUGCAUGAAAUAUCUAAAUUUUUUUCAAUGAUAAAAUGCCUAUUUCUUGAACGUAAAUUUAAUUUUUUAGUUAUCUUAAAUAACAUAGCUACUUUGUUGUUUGUGACUUUAUCUUCACAGUAUGAUUUAAAUCAUUAUUUACAGUAAAAAUCACCAUUUUUUCUUUCUGUUUGAGUGAAAUACUUCUAAUGUCAGCACGUUUAAUAAAAAAAAUUAAGUCAUGGACAAUACCUUUA